UCGCUCUCUGAGCCCGGCAGAUCAGACACAAACCAACCCUGGUGCAUCAAUCAGCCUGCGCGCUGACAACCGCCCCGAGCCACGCCGCUCUCCGGCGGUGCAGAGGGAGCAUUGCGGCAGCGGCGCGGCUGGCGUGCGGGGAGGGGGGCUGCGCUGGCGGCAAGUUGCUGCCUGAAGUUUGCUCCGCGCGGCAUGGAGGCUGCGGACGCCGCGGUGGCUGGGUUUCCCGCGGAGGUGGGUUGCUAUGACUUCGAGCCGCUGCCGACGCUGCUGGAGGAUGAGGAGAAUGUGUCCCUUGCUGAUAUUCUGUCACUGCGGGAUAGCUGUCUUACCGAGCAAGAUAUCUGGGCAAUUUGCCUGGAGUGUAGCCAUUCUAUGAAGAGCAUCUCCCAUUCAGCAAUCUUCCAGACACUUUGCAUUACUCCUGACACUUUGGCUUUUAACACCAAUGGCAAUGUGUGCUUCAUGGAACAGCUCAGUGACGAUCCAGAAGGUGCCUUUGUCCCACCAGAAUUUGACAUCACUGGUAACACAUUUGAGGCACAUAUCUAUUCUUUGGGUGCAACACUGAAAGCAACAAUUGAGUAUGUGACAGAGUCUGAGAUGGACUCAGAGUUUGGGCAGGAUCUACAGACUCUGCUGGAACAAAUGCAAGAAGAGAAUCCUGAAGAUAGGCCAGACAUUGAGAGUAUCAUCUCAUUAUGUGAAGAAAAUUUGAAGUUUGCUUCCUCAAGUAAUAUUUGUCGAAAUCUAUCUGCUGUUGGAAGAAGGGUGCUCUCAAUAGAAUCAUUUGGUACUUUUCAAGACAGCUGUGAUAACAUGUGGAAGGGAAGAGUGUGCCAGACAAGUGUGGGAUUUAAAUUAUACACAAAUGAAAAAAACAACAUAGAAGGUGAUUCCUUUACAAUGGAAGACAUGACAACAAGCUAUCACGGAGACCUUUCUGUAGCCAAUGUGGCCUUGAAUGCAAGAGAAUGUGGUUUAGAGGAAAUGCAAAUUGAUCUGAAUAAUGAAAGAUCUCAACAUUCACAACUUGCAACUGAGGUUAGAAAGAGCAAAGAAGAGGACAAGCAUAUAAUAUAUAAUGAAAGAUUUGCUAACAUUGUUUUGGAGACAAAACCAUUUACUAAUGACAGAGAGAGAGAUGUUUUUAAGAAAAGUUGUUUGAGAAAAAUGAAAACUUUUCCAAAGCUACCGCUUGAAGUUACAGACACAAGUAAUGUUUUCACAUCUCUAACAAACAGUGGACUACUGGCUCAUAAAAAACAAUCACUAACAUAUGAAUCAGUACCUCUAGACAAUAAUCAGGUUGCUGCUUCAGAGGGAAAACGUAGUCCAUUCAAUGUUAAUAAUCCACCAGGAAUAAAACCAAAGAAUUACCAGGUCUCUGAUCUUCAUUUAGAUGCAUCUUGUGUGUGUACGCAGGUCUCUGGCAUGUAUCUAGAGGAAUAUAUGCCAUCCUUUAGUGGUAAAAAGAAAGCUUCUCUUUCAUGUAAUCAUAUAGAAGAAUCUUCCCAUGCUGCCUCCGAAACUCGACAUAUCACUAAUACAUUAAAAAACCCAGAUCAAUCAGCUGCUGGAGCAGAAGUGGUAAACAACUCUACUGCACUGGAGGACUCUACUGAAACUUCUCAAGGAUCAAGUGAAAAUUGUUUAGCACAUUUUAAUAAGAUGGCUUCAGUGUUAUCAACAAAAACCAAUAGGAAUGGAUAUGGGUCAAGCCUAAUUAGUUCUCCAGAAUUACUUACUGGUGUGAUGAGUACAAACAAUAAUGAAAAUCACUGUGGAAGCAGAGAAUCAGAAGUCAAAAGUAAUGAGCAGGGGGUCUCUCUGAAACUUCUUUUGUCUUGGUAUGGUAAGCCAUUGAAAGACUAUGAACUCUGGGCAUUAUGUCAUGAAUGCUUAUUUACUCUACAGACUUGCAUAGAUUAUCCAGUGUUUUUAUGUUUGGACUGUGUGCUGAUUGACUGCCAUGGAAAUGUUCUCUUUGCUGCUCCAAAAGAUGAAGGAUGUUAUGAUACAUUUUAUCUGGCUCCUGAAAUUGAAGAAGUGGAUUUUGUUACUGAGAAGGUCUGUAUUUACUGUGUUGCUGCAAUUUUGUGGACAGCAGCCAAAUACAAUUAUCCACCUGAUCACAAACUAGUGUUGCCAAGGAAACUAAAGACUCUUCUUCUGGAUAUGGCAAAAAGAAACUCUGAAGAAAGGCCUUCUAUAGCUGAUGUAAUUAAGAUAUGCAGUAGUUAUCUACUUGAACAAAGUAUAAACAGCAAAAAGAUUCUGGCAUUUUUGAGUAAAUCUGCCUUCAAGGCUUUCAAUGAAGAAAUAAACUCUUCUCAAGAUAAUGUUCCUUUUGAGUUUAAAAAUAAAAGAAACAAAAUGGAUGCUUCAGAGUCUAGUGUAGGAUUUGUGCCCAUUACUAGUGAAAGUAAGCUGGUAGCAGUUAAAGGACCAGUGCCUUGUCAGACUUCUUUAAACAGUGAGACAUGUACAUUGCCUGUUGCAUUCACCUCUUCUGCAACUCACUUUAAGCCUAUUAUACUGCAGCAAAACACAGAGCUAACAAAAGGGACACACACAUCCACUCCUGAGCAAUUUGAUAGAGAUGUACAAAAAGAAAUGCAUAUGGAUGGUAACAACAAAUCAGUAUUUGUAGAUGAUAUUGAAAGCCAUGCUGAUGAAGAAGUUGUAGCUGCACCUGAGAUACCCAAGCAUGAUUUAGACAUACAAAACCAUUCAUCCCAAAUACCUUCAAAUGAGCAAAAUCCAAGCAAUAUGGUUACAUCCACAGUUGAAUCGCCAUCCCCAUCUGAUUCCUCAUGCAAUUUACAUGAAAAGAACACUUUAUCUGCAAUUUCUUCAAGCUCCUCAUCUUGUUCUACACCACAGAGGCUGCCUCUUAUAAAUAACUCCCUUCUCAAACAGGACCCAGAGACAAGAGUGUUAACACUUGUACCAAUACAGCUAGCUGUAUCUGAGCAAAUACCAAAUAAACCUCUUGAGUCAAAAAUUGCUUAUGAUUGCUAUAAUCAUUUGCCUGUACUCCUUUCAAGUACAGUAGCAAAUUAUAACAGUGAUAUAAAUUUACAAAAUAAUUCCUUCCUUGGCCAGCUACAGAAUUAUGAGCCCACUAAGGUACAGACCAAACAUGAUAAAAUGAAAGCCAAAAUUUAUAAUUUAUCAUUGCCUUCAGCUAAUCAAAUUAUUCAGACCAGCUAUCUAGAAAACAAAGAAUGUAAUAGUGAAGUAGGCAGUAGUUCACCUUUACCAGGACCCACAUCACAUUCAUCAGUGAAUCAAAAUGCAUCUUCUCCCUUCAGUGUAGAAAUUUUAUCCCAGCAGCAUGAGACAAAUGACACUUUAUUACAGAAAGCAGUGUAUCUUAUACAAGAAGAGUUUGCAUUUGAUGGCUAUCUGGAGUAUGGAGUUGAAGUUCUUGCUAUGGGUAACUAUAUUUUCACCUUAAAGGAUCUUAAGUUUGACGCUUUCUGUGAUGCAGUCUCUGAGAAGUUUUGUGACCUUUAUUGGGAUGAAAAAUUACUGGAGAAUCUUUACAAGGUACUAAGUGGGAAAACGACUCCACAAAUAGGUGUAACUGAAACAGAUGGAUCAAAACGUGGCAGCAUGUUCCACAGUUUGAAGACAUCUGACAGUUUUUUGGUCAGCAGCAAACAGACAAAGGGGAAAGAGAGACAGGUGGCCUCUGACACCAAGGCAGUGCCCACUACAAAUAUAUCAUUGGCUGAAAUGGACUCGGAUGAGGUUCCACGAGAUAAUUUUGAAAAAGAAUUGAGGCUGCAGAAGGUUAUAUUAAGAACAGAAAAGGGUGGAAGUUGUUUACAAAGUAAUGAUUGUCUCAGUCCUGACUUCAUAGAAGAGAAUAGAGAACAAGAAGAGGAGACUUCUGAAAAUAAUUACCCUGUCUCCCCCAGCUCAUCUGACUUUCAAAGUUGUAGGCCUGGUUGGAGCAGUGCAUUCUACGGGGGUGAAUGCUUUAGUUCAGAAGUUUACAGUUAUAUGAAAAAACUUGGAAAGCAGGAAGUAAAUGAGUCACAAAAUAUAGAUUCAAAAAGAGUGGAACUUGAACAAAUACUAAUGAUUGAGACAAAAAAUUAUAGGAAAACUAUAAAAUUCUACCAGAAGCUUUUGCAGAAUGAGAGAAGAAACAAAGGUUCUGAGGUUAAAAGUAUGUUGCCCAAAUUGAGGGGACAGCUACAAGAAAUGAAAUCCAAGGUGCAAUUUCUUGAACUGGUGAAGAAGUAUUUACAGAUCAUGUAUGCAGAGCAGUGGGGAGUGGAAUCAUGUGCACUUCCUACAGUAGUUAACAUUACAAGAACUGAUGUGUUGGAUGUCAGCCCUUUGGAUGAGUCGUCAUUGCUCAUUUUCUAUAAUAUGAUAAAGCACCAAUGUAAUAAUCAGAACAGGUCAAGGAUUCUACAAGCUGGGACGCCACUUGGGUUAAUGGCAUGUCUAUACUCCAGAAAUGCAUUUUUAGAAGGUUAUGUACAGCAGUUCCUCUACACAUUUCGUUAUUUCUGCACACAAGAAGAAUUGUUGAAGUUUCUUCUUGAUAGAAUCAGCAGCACUUUAUCCAGUGCAAAUGGGGAUCCCACCUCUCUGCUUAUCAAAAUAUACAAUCGGAGUUUCUACAUUCUGCAGGCUUGGAUUGAAGACUGUUAUAUUGUAGACUUUGCAAUAAAAGCUGAUCUUUUGUGCAUGCUACAAGACUUUAUUUCUUCCAAGAUUGCUCCAUUAAAUGGCUAUGGUGAACGUUUGCUGGCAGUGCUUGAAAAUGCUACUGGCGGGAAACGUGGCAGUGCUUUCCAGUGCUAUAACUGGGAUGAGUGGAAGGAGGCAGAAGAGGAUGAUUCAAAAUCUUUACAUUCAUUGUGCAAAAAGCUCUCUCAAGAUGUCAACCAAAAGAGCUUUAACUGGAAACUCGCCAAAGGAAAUGGCCCUAUUACACAUCAUCAAAAAGAAAGACCAUACACAGUUGGGUCAGCUUUACCGAAGCCAUGCUAUUACAGUUCUACAGAACAAUUCUCUGGCUCUUAUGCGAAAGCAAAUGAAGGAGGAUCUCUCUUAACUGAAUAUAGUGCACAAGAGCUUUGCUGUCAACUGACACUGUUACAACAGGAAAUGUUUCAUAAAUGCCAUCCAGUACACUUCCUAAAUUCAAGAGCACUUGGUGUCAAAGAUAAGUGUACCACUGUACAAAAAGCUGUUCCCACUGAAUCACUGUCACUUAAAGUCUGUAACCUCUUUCUGCCAAAUUGCAUACAAGACAAGUACCUCUUACAGCUUUUAAGAAAUGCAGACAAUAUCAGCACCUGGGUUGCUGCUGAAAUUGUUACAAGUCAUACUUCCAAGUUGCAGGUGCAUUUACUAUCAAAAUUUCUCCUUAUAGCAAAAUCUUGCUAUGAACAAAGAAAUUUUGCUACCGCAAUGCAAAUCUUAAGAGGGCUGGAAAAUCUUGUAGUACGACAGCUACCAGCUUGGAAAAUUUUACCAUCAAAAGUGUCUGAAAUAAUGGAAGAACUCAAGGCUGUUGAGGUGUUUUUAAAAAGUGACAGUUUGUGUUUGAUGGAAGGAGAGAGAUUCAAAACGCUCCCUACAAUUCCAUCAGCCCAUGUUCUGGCCAUGCACGUCCAGCAGCUUGAAACUGGAGGAUUUACUAUGACAAACGGAGCUCAUAAGUGGACUAAACUUAGAAACAUUGCAAAAGUUGUGAGCCAGGUUCAUGCAUUUCAAGAAAAUCCCUAUACCUUUACUACAGAUUUCAAGCUCCAAUCUUACCUCAAACAAAGAAUAGCUCAUUUUAAUGAUGCAGACAUUUCUGCUUUAGCAGCUGACAACUGUGCCAACUUCCAUCAGAUACCAGCUGAAAAACAUUCCCGAAAAAUUCAGGACACAUUGCGCAGAAUGAAGGCAACAUUUCAAUAAAUGUUUACAUUUUACCUGCUUGUUUAAUUCUAACUCCAGAGUAUAAAACUGUGGAUAAAAAUGGCUUCGACUCCUGUAUCAAUUCCCAAGCAAACACUGGAGUGAAAGGAGUUUUAAAACAUUAGCUCUAUCUGAAAUGGAUAUAUUUCUUAUCACAGAAUCAUAAAAUGUUAGCUAAAACUCUUAGACCUGAGCAACAGGAAAAAAGGAUGACUUGUCUCUAGUAUGAAAAUAGUCCUUAGAUGAUGUCAGAAGAGAAGUAAUGUGUAAAGAAGCUAAUGUUUCAACUUUCAGUGCUGUUUUGGCCUAAGAGAAUUCAGAUUAUAAUUGACAAAGUAUAGAUUAUAUUUUUAUGUAAGCACUGUACAUUUGUAUCCUGUCACUAUGUAUUUGAAUUUAUGGAUAUACCUAGCCUUACAUUUUUGAUGGGUUUUGCUUUUGUCUUAGUUUUAAAUUAUGAAUGUCAACACUACACUCUUGAUUUUGAGUGAUGGAGAAUCUUCCCAUUGGACAUCAAGACAGAAUAAGUAAAAAGGGAAACACUGCACUGUGUAUUUUUAAUGCCCUUGAGCCAGCCUAUCUCCAUAUAAAACUCAGAUCUGAAUCAACAUUUUACCACUGUGUUGACCUGCUUCUGCCUUCAUGGCCUAAUGAAAAGAGUAAUUUUUAAGGCUUGCUUGCUUCAUCUCCAGUUGUGAUAAGUAAUAGUUGUAAAAUUUGUAUGUGAGUUUACAUAAACAUGAUUAUGCCUUGUGCUGAGGUUACUUUCCUAGUAUUGUAAUGUUCAAAAGUAUGAUAACACAAAAUAACUUUGCAUCAAAUUUGUAACUACAUCAUGCCAAAGGUUGGUAUUUAUAAUAUUUUUACAGUGAGCUGUGCUUAUAAAACACUCUGACUGGCAAUGAAAUGUGGUUCUAUAGCUAGAAAGUUCAUUAAGGUACCCCAGGCUUAUGCAAGAUCUCUAAAACGUUGUCUGUAUCUUGUUGAUAAAGCUAAGUAUUUCUAUAUUGUUUUCAGAGGGGUGGGGUCUUAAUGUUACAAAAAAACCCAGCUAAAAUAAACAAGUAAAAUGCAUUUCUCAGAUCAUAAAGUGGUGGUGUCAGAACUGUGUUUCAAAAAGGAGAAGUAUCCUGUUGAAAUCCCAGGUAUGAAUUGAUUGCAUGGAAAUAUUCUUGUAAUUGGAGUGUUCUCCUGGUUAUGUUGACUGUAACAGCAUUUACUCUGUAUUGUUUAGAAAGGCUUAGGAUCUUUAGCUACAGAAGAAAAUGGCUUACUAAUAAGAAAUUGGGAGAUGCACACUUGUAGUAUUUUGUAAAUUAUAACACAAAUUUCUAGUGUAACACCCUGUUGCUGCUGAAUUUGUAAAUAUUCAACAGAAAAUGCAUGUGCAUGUGUUAAGUUGUGGUUUGUGUACAGUGUUUAAGAGAAAAAGAUCCCAAUCCGAUGGCAAUAUAUGAUCACCAACUUCCUGCUCCCCUUUUCCUCAGUGUGCUAAUUCUUUCCAUCAUUAACUACUAUAAUUAUUUUUUCACACUGUGAUGUAUUUUCAACACAAGGCCAAAUAUUGUGCUCUGUUACUGGUGUAACUGAGAACAGAUCUCUGUCUGUGAUCAGGGAGUUUUUGCAUAAAUCUUUGUCAUUAAGAAGCAGUUCUGUGAAUCCUGAAUCACAACUAAGGAAGUAAAAUUUGUUGCUAUCUUUUGAUUGUGUUCAUAUAAUAUUUUUGCAACAUAAAAAGUACUGUAGUUUGAAGUAUUCUUACAUUACUACAGUAUAUGAAGAAAGAUGGCAAUGACAGAUGUAGAAUUGCCAGACAAAUCUUUUUAAAAUAGAUUAUCUAUCUUAUUUUAACCUGUUCUUAAUUAUCUUUAGUUGUUGGCUUUUUCUCAAUCACAAAAUAUUGUGUUUGUUCCAUGAAAAUGACUGAUACUAUUCAAGCAUCUAAAACUCAUUUAAUACCUUCUAUAUAUUGCUUCAAUAUAUUACACUUUGUAUUGCUAUAAAUGUAUAGAAUUACUCUUGCAGUACUUUUAUAUGGUGGAAAAUUAUGUUCUUGCCAAUCAGAUAUUAAACUUUUAGAUUUUGUAUUUAAUAAAGAUA